GCCCCCCGCUGUCCCUGCCAGGGGGGGACCCCCGCGGUGACAUUCGAGGAGGUGGCCGUGCACUUCUCCCGCGAGGAGUGGGCGCAGCUGGCGCCCUGGCAGCGGGCGCUGCACCGGCAGGUCAUGUGCGACAACUACGACAUGGUGGCCAGCCUGGACCCCAACUCCAAGUUCUCCCACGUGAAGGAGGAGUCGCACGGGGGGGCGCCCUGCGCUGGGGAGCACAGCGGAGAUAGCGACAGCAGCGACACCACCGACAGCAGCGCCCGGAGCAGCUCUGACAGCAAGGACGGCACCGGGGGACGCUGGCGAUCGGGCUCCGGCGUCCCCCGCUCCGGCUGCCGUGACACCGCGCGGGGCCGCCGUGCCGGGGCCCUUUCCCGGCCGGUACCGGCGGCCUCGGGGCUCCUCGGCGGCGGCAGCGGCGGGGCCGAGGCGCCCCCGGGCCGGCCGUACCUGUGCGGCGCCUGCGGCAAAUCCUUCCGGCACCGCCGCAGCCUCCUGGCGCACAAGAAGCUGCGCCGGGGGAACCGGGCCCGGCACGGCUGCGCCGAGUGCGGCCGCAGCUUCUGCCUGCUCGGGGACCUGCUGCGGCACCGCGGCUCGCACCGGCCGCGGGCCCCGCGCUGCCCGGACCCGGCACCGGACGGGGAGCGGCCCUUCGUGUGCGGGCCCUGCGGGCGGAGCUUCAGCUGGAGGGAGAGCCUGGAGCUGCACCUGCGGCAGCACCGCGCCCUGCCGUGCCCCGAGUGCGGCCGCGUGUUCCUGCACCGCGGGCACCUCUCCCUGCACCGCCGCGGCCACGCGGGCCUGCGGCCCUUCCCCUGCGCCCGCUGCGGCCGCGCCUUCGCCACGCGGGCCAGCCUCAGCUCCCACCGCCGGACGCGGCGGCGGUGCCGGGCCCGCGGGGACGGCGACAGGGACAAGGGUAGGGACAGCCGCGGAGACGGGGACAGGGACAGGGACAAGGGUAGGGACAGCCGCGGGGACGGGGACAAGGGUAGAGUCAAGGGUAGGGACACCCGCGGGGACGGGGACAAGGGUAGAGACACCCACGGGGACGGGGACAAGGACAGGGACAGGGGUAGGGACACCCCUGGGGACGGGAACAAGGUGCCACCGCUGCCCAUGUCCCCGGUGCCACCGCUGCCCGUGUCCCCAUUGCCACCACUGCCCGUGUCCCCAUUGCCACUGCUGCCCGUGUCCUGA